CAGAAUGACCAGGAAGGUGUUCACCAACACGAGGGAGCGUUGGCGCCAGCACAACGUCAACACCGCCUUUGCCGAACUCCGCAAGCUCAUCCCCACUCAUCCGCCGGAGAAGAAGCUGAGUAAGAACGAGAUCCUGCGACUGGCCAUGCGAUAUAUUAAUUUCUUAGUUCAGGUUCUGGAGAGCCAGAGCGGGCAGCCGAGCAGCCACUCACCCACGGCUCUGCUCACCUUCCUCAGAGGCAACAUGGAGCGCCUGCACUCCCCCCCGCACCCGUGGGCCCUGACCAGUGACACGGAGGCUCCUUCUCCUGGAUCCAGCUGUGACAGCUCCGAGGCCUGGUAGAGCUGGAGA